AAAAAAGGAAAAGGGUGGGCAUCAAACCAUCACUUUUAUACAAAUUAAUUUACGGUGAAAAUAUCUGCUAUGAAAGGCAAAACUCAACUGUUUUAAAUCUACACUGUAGUUCCACCCGCUGUGCUACAUUUAUUAUGAUUUUUGUAUUGUUUAAAACUUGCAUAAAAAUAUUGUAAUCCUCGUAUAUUCCAAAUGUCGUGUUAAAUAUUAAUAAAAAUAAAAAUGUCAGGUCUUUGAAAGGAAAAAUACAAUUCCCAGCAUGCUUCACGCUGUGCAACUUUAUGAUUGGUCAACAUCUUUCUCGUAGGGCUCUGCGGGAAAACGGUGUCAGUUUUCUUUCAAAUGUUAAACAUUUCAUUGACAAACUAGGAAACCCGGCGAACAGGCCUGAAAUCGUUUGAUUAAUAAUAAAUCGGGGUUUUCACCGGUCAUGGUCUUUGAAUUUAUGCGAAGAUUUUGAUGGUGUCAUCUAUCAGACAGAAACGGCGGGUCUGUUUGUUUUUAACGUUGCUGCUAAACCGGAUUGAUGAUGGAGGAUGAAGACUUCUUGCUCGCUCUUCGUUUACAAGAAGAGUUUGAUCAAGAAGUAUCGGGUACUCAGUGGGACGAUGAUGACUAUCCGUCGAGUAAAAAGCGCAAGAUUGAUUUAUCUGAUCAGAUGAAUGUUGUGUCAUUCACUCAGACCAAACCAGACAGACCGCUGUCUAUCGUAGAUGAAUCGUGGGAGACUCUGGAUCCCAGUCCGGACGUGAGAGCCAUGUUCCUGCAGUUUAAUGACAAGUUCUUCUGGGGGAAACUUAGCGGGGUCGAGGUGAAGUGGAGCCGAAGGAUGACACUAUGUGCUGGAGUUUGUUCUUAUGAGGGAAGAGGAGGCCUGUGCUCUAUAAGACUCAGUGAACCUCUCCUAAAGCUCAGACCCCGUAAAGAUCUUGUACAGACUCUUCUUCAUGAGAUGAUCCAUGCCCUUCUGUUUGUCACUCAGAACAACAGAGAUCGAGACGGCCAUGGACCAGAAUUCUGCAAGCACAUGAACAGAAUAAACCAAGCAAGUGGGACCAACAUCACUAUAUAUCAUUCGUUUCAUGAUGAGGUUGACGUGUACAGGCAGCACUGGUGGCGCUGUAACGGGCCCUGUCAGAAUCGCCGACCGUUCUUCGGAUACGUGAAGCGUGCUAUGAACAGACCUCCCUCGGCCAGAGACCCCUGGUGGGCCGAGCAUCAGAGGACCUGUGGUGGAACAUACACCAAAAUUAAGGAGCCAGAGAACUAUGGGAAAUCUGGAAAAAAAGCGGAUGGAAAGAAAGACAAGAAUCCUACCAGUGAGAAUUCCAAGAAGCCUCCCAGUAGCACUACAGAUUCUGGCUCACAAGACAUCAGAAAUCUUAUUCCAUUUACUGGGAGAGGUUUUGUUCUGGGAGGAAGCACACAGAAUUCCACAGACAAACAGCCAAGCCAGACUCACUUAAGUCCCACUAAGGUGCAUCCUUUCGUUUCACCUCCUAGUAAUGAUUCGCUAUCCCCAACUAGACCAUGGUCCAAUGGGACAGACUCUGACAAAAGAUUCAGCUCAGGUGCAUCAAAUGUUCUUCGCAAAAAAUCAGUUAGCAACACCAGUGCCUUUGUUAACAUCAAUGGCUCGCCUGUGAGAAUUUCCAAAGCCAACGGCAGUUUGAAGACCAAACAGAGGACAGUACAAGAUCUCUUUCAGUCCAAGGUCCUCAAAUCUCCAGAAAAAGCCCCCAGCAGUGUAGGUUCUUCCAAAUUUACCACAGAUACCUCAACAUCAAAUCCUGCUAAAUCUAAUGGACCGGCUACAUCUGGUGCCUUGGACAAAAUACAUUAUGGUACCACUAGCCAAAUCAAUAACCGUCAUUCAUCCACUGUAACCGGCUUAACUGAGCCCUAUGUCUCCAAAUAUUUUGGAAAUGCUAACGAUGCUAAAACAAAAUUUUCAAAUUCAAAAACUUUGGGAAGCCCUACAAAGUCUGAAACAAGCACAGGUUACAUGUCUAAGAACUUUGGAAGUAACCAAAGAUCAGGGUCGAAUAUUACAAGCUCAGGAUUCGGGAAAACUGGAAGUCCCCAAAAGUCACAGACAACGACUUUCGAUUCCAAGCACUUUGGAGGCGUUCAAAAGCCUGACUCUAAUUUUCCAAAUCCUAAAAACGUUGGCAGUCCCCAGACAUCAGGGACAUCAACUUCAGGAGCCAGGAAAAGAUCACGGGAAGAGCAAAACUCCGCACAUAUCUUUGAUUACUUCCAGAGGACGGUCAGCGAACCGGCCACAUCCACAGUGAAGCGCAGAGAGGAUAUCGGAGGCAUUUCCGUGCCUGAAAGAGAUCAUCAAGCGAAUAAUUUUCCAGUCCAAAUCACCGUCCACUGCCCUGUGUGCCAUAGCAAAAUACUAGAGUCCAAAAUUAAUGAACAUUUAGACUCCUGUCUUACUUGAAUACUGAAAACAGGAUGUUCCUAGUGUGUUCCUAGCUCAUAGUGCAAAAUAUUGAACAUUAAAAUGUCUCACGUUGUUUGAAAUUUUUCUUCCAUGUCAGUAAAUCCCAAUGCACAAACCGAUUUUUUUAUAGUAAUACGAAUCGAGAAUUUUAUUUUCAAAGUUUUUGAGAUUUUGUUGACUCAUUCUACCUCAUUUAAGUAUUCGUAUUAUGGGAGGAAUGUUGGGCGUGGUCAGCUUUGGUUUGAUUGACAGUUUGUUGAGUUGUCACUGUCCUUGUGCCCACAUUUCAUGUUGAUUCAGCAGUACUGAAUUUCGCAUGCGCUAGCUAUUCACUAUGGGAUUUAGCUUUUUGCAGAAUCAGGGUUUGCAAGGUUGUUCUCAUCUUGCUGUAACAGCUCUGCCGUUCUUUCACACUUGGGGGCGGGGCUUAUGCCACCUUCUUCGUACCUUGGAGACAUACGCACAAUAAAAGUUGAACCUCUCCCAAACACGAAAAUUCAGUGGGUAUGCAGGCAGCUGUAGGCUGUGGAUGUAAUACAUAAAGUGUUGUGCUCUUUUGUUUUAAUGUUUGUGUUUCAGUCUACAUUUCAAUACGAAACAAUGCUCGAUGACGUGGUCAUGGCGUUGAUGUGAGACUCAGGUGCAACUAUUGGCUAGAUUCAUUUUUACAGCCGAACACAAACAAUCAAUUAUCUGUACUAUUGUUAAAAUAGCAGGGCACUGUGAUAGAGUGUCUGACGUUUUCCAGAAAUCAGUGUUGUUUUAUAUAAACAAUUUUAAUAUGCACCAAAUAUAUUGAAUGCAAACUGUGCGCUUUCUUGAUUGUAUCUUGCACAUUUAUUGUUGGCCAGUUUUGGGCCAGACUUAAAUCGUUGUAAAGUUGACUUUUUGUGAACUUUUUUGUAAACUUUACUUGUUUAAUAUACAAAUAAGGAGGAUUUCAGAUUUCAAAGUGGUUAUAAAUGUUUGUGUUGUUUUUGUUAUACAAACGGUUGGUGUUUAGACCUGUUAAAACAGAAAAAUUGUGCCCUAUUCAUGUUUAAGUGAUGUCUUUGUUAACUUAAA